CUUCUCAGCAAGCUCUCCAUCAUGGUCGAGCCCUUCUUGGGAACUUGGAAACUGGAAUCCAGUGAGAACUUCGAGGAAUACUUGGAACAACUGGGCGUGCCCGGCACCAUCCGGCACCUGGCCGCCCUGGAGAAGCCCAGGAUCUGCAUCAGCGCCCAUGGGGACAGGGUGAGCCUCAGGACAGAGACCUCCUUCAAGAACUUCGAGAUCUCCUUCAAGCUGGGGGAAGAGUUUGACGAAACCACAGCGGACGGCCGGAAAGUGAAGAGCAUCAUAAGUUUAGACGGCGACUCGUUGGUCCAUGUCCAAAAAUGGCUUGGCAAGGAGACAACAGUCAAAAGACAAAUCGUAGACGGGAAAAUGGUGGCGAAACACACCAUGAAUAAUGUUGUCAGCAGGCGAGUCUUCAGAAAGGAAUGA